CUGGGUGUCCUGUCUUCCAUUGCAGCCUUCAUGGUGUUGAUGGCUCUGUUUUUUCUUUACCUCAGCAACAAGCUGUCAGUGGAGAGUCCUGACGAUCUGUCACAUCUCGGUGGCUAUAAGAACAACCAGCCAGUGCCUCUGAUGAGCUAAUCUAGUGGUCAGCGUGGUGACAGGAUCCCCGACUGAGAGAUGGCCUUCUUCAAGAGCUUCCAGCAGAACCUCCCAUCUGUCAACAUUUCCUCCGUCCUGGAUGCCGUCACCAGUCGCGUGGACGACCUGGCCAACGCCGUCAGCGACGUCACUUACGCUGUCAGCGACCAGCUGACUGAGCAGGUCACCACUAUAAUCAACAAGGUGCAGGACGAGGAAGAUGGUGAGAACGCCGGCGGCCAGGAGUCUGGUCAGACGUCCACGGCACAGGAAGGAGGAAGCAAAGCCAGCAACACGUCCUCAAAGACCAACCAGUCCAGUGAAACCAAAGAGGCAGAGUGCGCCCAGAGCCAGCUGGAGUGGGAAUGGAGGGACGGGUGCUGGCGAGUUAAAAAGACAGAGGCCGAGUUGGCAGAGGAAGAGAAGAGGAAGCAGGAGGAGAAGGAGCUGCAGGAGAAGAAAGAGCAGAGGAGGAGAGAGAGGAGAGAAAAGCAGCUGGAGAAAGAGGCAAAGAAAAACAAAGAGGAAUCCCAAGACAGAGAGAAAGAGGAGGGAGGUGAUGCUUCAGAGAAAACAGACACCAGUGAUGGACGAGACAGGAAGGCAAGUGACAGUGGAGAGCACGCCAUUGCUCAGCCAAGAGGUGAUGACUGCGACAAAGCCCCUCCAUCACCUGGUCCUGACACUGAAAGCGGGUCAGCAAAACAGAAUAAGCAAACAGAGGACAGAGAGGAAGAGGAAGAGAAAAGCCUGGAGAGAGAGGGAGAUGAUGAGGAGGAGGCUGAGCUCUCUAGAUCUUCCUCAACGGUGAAAAAGAAAAAGUCAGACAAGAAGAAGAAGAAGAAAGAAGCAAAAGAGGGUUCAAAGAAAUCUGAUGAAGCCUUGGACGUGGAGAAGAAGAAGGAGAAAAGGAAGAAAAGCAAGAAGAAAAAGAAAGGAAAACAAGAGGGAGUUUUAUCAGACAGCGAGGAGGACAAAGGCCCCGAGGCUGUGGCCCAGCAGAACACGACUUCUGCGUGGAGCAACAAACACAAACAGUCCGCUGAGCAGGGAGGCUACAGCAGUGAGGCCUCCAGUGGGCGAGCCAACAGCAUCCAGAGAAUUAAGAAGGAGUCAUCCCUCAGUGAGACUCAGCCUCCACCGUAUCAGGACGAGGGCUCGGCGGUGCGCGUGUCCUCUCGGUCCCGCUUGGAGCAAGGGGUCAGGAGGGGGUCGUCCCCACAGCGCUGCGACAGCCCCCGCUGCUCCAGUGAGGCCAGCGUGGAGCAGGACACUGAGAGCUACCUCAACAAAGGCUGCGAGGAGGACAUUCCCAGUGACAGCACCGCUGUGCUGGGACCAGAGGACGGCUCCGGUCCUCGCCUCCCCACAGCCUACGAGCCAGAGCCACUCGCCAAAUACGGCACCCUGGACGUCGCUUUUGAAUAUGACUCUGGUGAGCAGUGGUUGGCUGUCACGGUCACCGCGGCAACAGACAUCCCUGCUCUCAAACAGACGGGCAACAUCGCGUGGCAGGUCCACCUGGUCCUGCUGCCCACCAAGAAGCAACGGGCCAAGACGGGCGUGCAGAAGGGCCCGUGUCCUGUCUUCACGGAAACAUUCAAGUUUUCCAGGGUGGAACAGGAGGCCCUGGGGGACUACGCUGUGCGCUUCCGACUGUACAGCAUCAGGCGGAUGAAAAAGGAGAAGGUCCUGGGAGAGAAGGUGUUCUACCUGACUAAGCUCAACCUGCAGGGCAAGAUCGCUCUGCCUGUCACCCUGGAGCCGGGCUCUGAACUUACAGGUUGUGGCUCUGUGGUGAGCGUGUCUCGCAGUGCAGGAGCUCUGUCCUACCGCUCCACUGAAGACUCCUCCUUACCAGAGAUCCUCCUGGGUCUCAUCUACAACUCUGCCACGGGACAGCUAUCAGCUGAGGUCAUCCAGGGAAGCCACUUUAAAACCACAGCGUCGGAUAAACCCGUCAACGGUCUGUUCUGUUGUAUAAAACACUUUGUCGGGGGGCAGCUUUAUAUCAUGAGAGACACCUACGUGAAGCUGACCAUGCUGGACUCCAAGGGGAAAGAGAUGUCCAAGUGCAAGACGGCCGUGUGCCGCGGCCAGCCCAACCCCACCUACAAGGAGACGUUCCUGUUCCAGGUGGCGCUCUUCCAGCUGUCCGAGGUGUCUCUGGUGCUGACGGUGUUCUGCCGCCGGAGCAGCAUGAGGCCCAGGGAGAGGCUGGGCUGGGUCUCCCUGGGCCUCAACAGCACCGGCGAGGAGCAGCAGGCCCACUGGACAGAGAUGAAAGAGGCGGAGGGACAGCAGGUCUGCCACUGGCACACGCUCACCGACACAUAAGAGGGAGAUUUCUGUAGACUGACAUUAACAACAUUCCCUGGAGAGUCAGUUUUUUUGGGGAGGGGGGAGCAGGAAGCACCUUGUGAGAUGUGUGGGGUGUGUGUGUGUGUGUGUGUGUGUGUGUGUGUGCUGCGUACAGGUGUGAGGGCGGGCAUGGGUUCCCAGUCUUCACUGCCAGAGACUGCAUGAGUGCCCUUUAAUCUGCCACUUUCCUCUGACAGACUGACUUUAUUGGCGGAGGUGGAGAUGUAAACUGCAGCUCCAGUCUUUUUAUUGACAGGAGAAGGCGACGGCAGAUUGAAAAUUAAUGACAUUAUAAUUACUGAACUAACCCAGAGUAGACGGUUUCUCCAGUAAUGCUGCAUACAGCAAAAAUCUGCAUGUACACUAACUGUUUACAGGACAAUGUGAAGACACUUCCAAAUGUUUUUUUUUUUUUGUCUCUGAAUCUUGGACCAAAGAGCUUGGUCCAGCACUGGCAGACUCCUUCCAGCCAGACUCGGCUUCUCUGGACUUUAGCUGCCACCAGCAUACCAGACAUUUCUCUAUCAGUCAUAGCCAUUGACAAAAGAGAAGGCAACCAGAAGACUGUUACAAAGGGCCUACUACAUGCUGCAACUAUGCUUACAAGCUAUGCUUUGUACAGUUUGUUUACAUGCACGUGACAUUAUGCAAGAUCCAUUCACCGGUUUCCCCCUUUUAUGAUUUUGGAUUAUCAGUCAAACCGUUUACCAGAUUUAUGGGUGUCUCUCUGAGGGUUUGUGCAACACAAAGACAGCUCUUUUUUUCUGUAUUGUGGUCUGGCAUAACUCUGUACACUAUGCAUCUGAUGCCACUUUAAACGAGAGGAAUGAAAUUCUGUCUUGUGCUCGCUGAGUCGCUUACAGAAUUGGACACAGCUCCGCAUGCCACUGGUAUCAAAGAGCAGCUUCCUUCCCUGUGUAAUACAGAUUGAGCCUGUUUCACCAUUCAGCCUUCUGACAACUCAGCCAUGUUCAUUCAUGUAGAAACACGGUGCUUCCCGCUGAGGAGGAAUAUGCAAAAGCCUGCGCAGUCCAAUAAACCUGGCUGUUUGUCUGAGGCAGCGCCGAUGACAGCAGCGUUGGCUGUGAAGUGAGUUGGAGUGGUAAAAUGAAAUUACAGUCUAAAAGAAAGGGAAAUCAUUUUUUUCUGAUUGCAAGAGAAUGGAGAAUGGAUUAUUAAAUAAAGGCUAAAAUAAAUUGAA